AUGAGCAACGGCGCGCCGAGUGCGGACGCGAAUAUUGGCGAUGGCGGGGCGAGCCGCGACGGCGGUCGCGAUCGCGCGAUGAGCCGCGUCGGGAUGAGCUGCGACGGCGCGAUGAGCGUUGGCAAGGCGAGCAAUGGCCGCACCAUGACGGGCGGCAAGAUGAGCGGUGCGGCUGCAGCGACGCUUGGUGCAGUGGGCGCGAGCAGCGAUGGCACGCUGAGCCACACGCCCCCGCUGAGCGAUGGCGCGACGAGCCUUGGCGAGGCUUGCAACGGCCGCAUCAUGACGGGCGGCAUGACGAGCGGCGCGGCUACGACGAUCAGGGCAGAGGCCAACGCGAGCGCGACUGGCACGAUCCGCGCGAUGACCGGCGCGACGACCAACGCGGCGAGGGGCAGCCUCAGCACAGCGGUCGCCGGGUGGGACCGCCGAUGCACGGUGCGCAAGGAUGCGACGAGCAGGGAAACCGCGACGCACCAACGCGCAAUGAGCGCCUCGCGUCUAACCGCUCUGCUGCCGGCGGUCAGCUCAUGCUAA